AUGAUCACAGUCGCCGUUGCGGGAGCGACUGGGGGCGUGGGCCGAUCGAUACUGGAUCAUGUUGAACAGAGCCACAAAUUCAGGGUCAUCGUCCUGACUCGCAAGGCAUCAGAAGCUUCCGUGUCUGAGGCGGGAACUAGAUACCUCCAUGUCGACUACGAAGAUGUGGAAGGGCUUGCUGACAUACUGACGACACACAAUGUCCACACCGUCGUCUCGACUAUCGGCAUCAGCUCCCCAGACACGAGCGCGGCCCAGUGUAAUCUGAUCAGAGCUGCAGACAAGUCCGGCGCGACGAAGCGUCUGAUACCGAGCGAAUUCUGGGCGAAGACGGUCCCCGACCUCCUACCUCUAGACCCCACCGUGCAGUGGUGGCUCGAUGCCGCGUCACUGCUCAAGUCCAGCUCGCUACAGUACACGAGGAUUGCCUGUGGCUGGUUUAUGGACUAUUGGGGCAUGCCACACGUCAAGUCUCACCUAUCGGACUACUCCUGGGCAAUAGACGUGUUUAAUCGCAAGGCAGCCAUACCGGGAGACGGAGCCAAUGUUCUCAGCUUGACUCUGAUUGGCGACGUGGCUCGAGCGAUUCUGUUGUUGCUGGAAGCCGAGGACUGGCCAGAAUGGACGUUCGCAGUGGGGGAUAGCGUUACGUUCCACGAGUUCGUGAGCAUCGCCGAAAAAGUACGAGGAGGCACCCCAUUCGAAAUCACACACGAUACCCUCGACGACCUGAACCAAGGCAAAGUGACGAUUCUGCCGAACCCAGGUUCCGCAGCGUGGGACGCGUCGCCCGCCGAAACUGCGGCGAGGAAAGAGUCCUUGAUCCUAUUCGGCAAGCUCUACGUCUCCGGAGUGUGGGAUCUGUCCAAAGAGCCGCAGUUUUCGACGCGGUGUCCGGAUUGGAGACCCAAGAAGCUAGAGGAGUUCUUGGAGGAGGUUUGGCUGGGUAGACCGUGA